UUACAGAUGAGUUCCUGAGGCAAGGAGGAGUGUGGAUGAAGGAAGAGCCAGUCAGGAUAUCUGAUGAUAUACCAGAUCACGGCUGGUGUCCUGGAUAUUUGCAACAACCACCUGAAAACAUCUCACAUACUUGUAGCAGUGAAUUUUUGAGCUCUUUCACUUUCAAUGCAAUUUCAAACAGUAUCUUGGUUCCUGUCAUGCUCAAUUACUUUAUCUAUCUUCAUAUGUGGUUUGUGCUUGUCGCAGACCUGAUUUAAAAAGGCAAUUGUUAUGUGAGUGGUUCUUACAAUACUUACUACUGUAUAAAACUUCUUUCAGCAUUGUAAUAUGGUAAAAUAUUUUUUUAGCUAGUUCCUCGCGAAUAAUCGUUCCCGAUAAUCUUGAAACUGUUGCUGUAAUUUGCCAUCGACCAGAUCAACAUCCCUGCUCCACAUGCGUCUUGUAGACUCAGCUCU